AUGACCAGCAACGGCCAUCUCGGUCAGGAGACGGAGUCUGCGUAUCACCCCUAUCAUCGGCACAAUUCCCGCCCCAAUGCAGCGGCCCUCUUCCAAAAGAAUGAGAGGAAGGAGGCACUCUACUACUGCCAGUGGCUGGAACAAGUAAGCAGGGGACUGCAAGACACAGCGGAGAAACGGUGCUGUACACGAGUCUUCCAUUCGAUCAGCGAGAUUGUCAACCACCUGACGCUGGAGCAUGUGGGUGGGCCAGAACAACUGAACCACACUUGUUACUGGCAGGGCUGUCCGCGGCUGGGGCGUCCCUUCAAGGCCAAGUACAAAUUAGUCAACCACAUCCGUGUGCAUACCGGAGAGAAGCCCUUCCCCUGUCCCUUUCCCGGCUGCUUGAAGGUCUUUGCACGCAAUCAAAAAGCUGUUCAGUCUGCAGAACUCGCAUUUUACAGGGCCAAGUCACAUACAAUGACGGGUGGAAAGGGCACGGGACGUUUAGAACCGGAGGUUCAUCCACUCGACGUGGUGGAUUCAUACUUGAACCCAAUUUUGCGUUAG